AUGCCUCAUAUUAAAGGUUUGUCUGCGCCAAGUGCUCAAAAAUCAGGCGGUGUGAAACUCGUUUCGGAUGACAUUCGAGAGAUCUUGAAUAUCGAAGUGAAUGUGUUGAUGGGUGCAAACCUAGCUCACGAAGUUGCUAAUGAUGAUUUCUGUGAAGCUACAAUU